AUGCCGCCCAGACUUUUGGGGCUGCCUAUGCAGCUACAGCAAUUCGUUGCUCGUCCAUUCCAACAAUCAUCACCUCUGGCAUUCCUAAUUCCUCAAGUUCAGCAAUCCCGCCCAAUCUCCAUCCUCUCUGCUCUCUCCGACAAUCCCUCCGCAUACAACAAACGCAUCCGAAGAGGUCGUGGUCCUGCUUCCGGUAAGGGUAAAACCUCCGGUCGUGGCCACAAGGGUCAAAAACAGCACGGCAAAGUCCCUGCUCGCUUCAAUGGUGGUCAGACGGCCGACAUCGUCGUCUCCGGCGAACGGGGCGGCAAGAACCCCUUCUCCGUCGACAUGGCGCCCGUCAACCUCGAGCGUAUCCAAGAAUGGAUCGAUCAGGAGCGCAUCGAUCCCAAGCGCCCAAUUACACUCCGUGAAUUGACUAAAUCCCGCUGCAUCCACAAAGUCAAGGACGGCGUUAAGAUUCUCGGCGGCGCAUCGGAAGGAGCUACCAACCCGCUUAAACAACCCAUCCACGUUGUAGUAUCCCGCGCCUCGGCGUCAGCCAUCGCCUCUAUCGAAGCCGCUGGUGGUUCCGUAACAACACGUUUCUACACGCCCAGCUCCAUCCGGCACAUCCUCCACAAGGAGUCGCACCCCUUCAUCUCACUGGCAUGGUCUCCGCAGAGCGCGCCCAAGGAGCUUUUGCUGGCUGAUAAGAUUGGCGAGGAUGCGUCCGAGAGUACGAUUAUGAAGUCUCUUGGGCUGAAGUAUCGUUUGCCCGAUCCUACUAAUCGUCGUGAUGUCGAAUAUUACCGUGACCCGGCGCAUCGGGGUUACUUGGCUCAUCUGCUCAAGCCGAUGGAGAGUCCCAGUCUGUUCUUCCGCUCGCCCGAGGAGCGUAAGUCUGCUGCUGGUGUCAAGAAGGAGAAGGUGCUGCCAGAGAACAGAGUCUGGUAG